AUGCUCUACUUGCUAAUACCUAAUAUUCUUUGCUUUGUAUGGCCACUAUUGUUAACACUUAAAGUGUUGACCGGAGCGUAUAACAAGAGGCACCCCAUUGAUGUCAGAAACAGCGACCAAGUUAAAUUUUUACUUAACUACUGGAUAUGCUUUAUUGCUGUCGAUUAUAUCGAGAAACUGGUGCUAUGUAGUGCUAUGUUUUGGCCAUUUGUUAAAUUCGGAUAUUUUCCGGACCUUUUUUCUUCCACAGUUAAAAUUUGGCUAUUUUAUAAUCAUGGAUGCUUGGUAAUAAACUAUUGUUACCUAGACCUUCUUUUGAGGAAGGUUACAUGUGAUUUAGGAUCAGUGGAUUCUUUUGAAGGUUUAGAGAUGAAGCUUAUCAAUCCAGUGAUGAAAACUUUAUUGGCUGAAAGUUACCUUGCCCCGCUUAAAUUGCUAUCUAAUAAAACAAAAAGCCAGAUAUUUGGUAGAAUUGUUCAAUUCAGCGAAGGUUUUGCUAAGUCUGGUGACAAAUCUUUUUUGCAGUUUUCAUUAGACAACAUUUGUUAUAUGGAUUCUGAACAGGAUCUUGAAAGGAAUUUCGAGAUAACAAAAACGUUCAUUGGUUCAGUAAUGUCUUUUCUCCAAAAUCAAUUAGUACUUUUAAACUUUCAAGAAGAGCCAGCAGCACCAAUAUCAAGAUUUUUUCAGGUUUUAUUAAUACCAAAUAUUCAAAAUGUUGGCUCGCAGAAUACUCUGAAGAACAAUUCAUUUAACGAAAGAUUUGAACCAAUUCACAUGGAUCUUACGACUACUAAGACUAAUAAUAAGUCCCCGAAUGAAUUAGAAUAUAAAUCACAAAUUGGUAAUUUAGUUCAAAAGUAUUCAAUUAAUAAAAAGCUGGUCCCAAGAAGUGUUGAGAAUUCUCAUUUCACUACAUAUACCAAGCGAAAACUGAAAAGGUCAAGUUCUAAAUCUAAAUAUCUCGAUAAUGCAAUAUGUGGAUAUAUUCCAUCAACGAUUUCUAAACCCUUUCAAUUACGGAGGCACAAGUAG